CCACCAGAGUACAACAACAAGCUUGACUCCUUUUUGAUUGAAGAUUCUCCUGAGAAAACAAACAAGAUGGCUUGUCCUGAUGCAAAUGGACUUCUUACAAUUCAGAACUUUAUUAAUGGAGAUUUUGUGCCAUCUAAACAACACAUCGACAGCUAUGACCCAUCAACUGGGAAAGUCUAUGCAAAAAUUCCAGAAUCUUCCAAAGAAGAAGUGGAUGCAGCGGCUCAAGCUGCAAAAAGAGCAUUCCCUUUAUGGUCCCUCACAGAAGCUAAGGAAAGAUGUAGAAUUAUGAUCAAGAUAGCUGACAUCCUCGAGUCACGUCUGGCAGAGUUUGCAGCUGCAGAGUCCAAAGACCAAGGCAAGACAAUCGCCACAGCAACCAUAGUUGAUAUUCCCAGAGCUGUCCAUAAUAUGAGAUUCUUUGCAACUACAAUCCUGCAUGAUGUCAAUACGUCAAGUACAGUAGAUAAACUAGGCAUAGUCAACUACACAACGAGGGAGGCUUGUGGUGUUGCAGGGUUGAUCAGCCCCUGGAACCUUCCUCUUUACCUGCUUACCUUCAAGAUUGCCCCAGCUAUUGCAUGGGGGAACACAGUGGUAGCCAAACCAAGUGAGAUGACCUCUGUCACCUCAUGGAUGUUUGCUAAAGUAUGCAAAGAAGCAGGGUUGCCUGAUGGAGUUCUCAACUUCACAUAUGGGACUGGUCCAGUGACAGGAGAUGCCAUUGUAUGUCACCCAGACAUACAUCUUAUCUCAUUCACUGGAAGCACACUCACUGCAGAGAGAAUACAAUCAGCCAGCUCACCAUUCUGUAAGAAACUUUCCCUUGAGUUAGGAGGGAAGAACCCAGCUGUGAUAUUUUCUGACUGUGACUUCAAAAAAGCUGUUGCUACUACAGUCCGCUCAAGUUUUGCAAAUCAGGGAGAAAUCUGUCUUUGUACCAGUAGAAUAUUUGUAGAGAACACCAUUUACCAGAAGUUUGUAGAGGAAUUUGUAAAACAAGCCAAGGAGUUCAAGACUGGUCCCCCUGGUGAUCCAUCCAGUAGGAUGGGGGCUCUAAUCAGCAAAGAACACCUUGCUAAAGUGAGAGGCUUUGUGCAUUGGGCGCAGGAAAAUGGUGGAACAAUACAAUGUGGUCUUGAAGAAUUAAACCUACCAGAUGAGAACAAAGAGGGUUAUUUUAUGGCAGCCACUGUUAUAACAGACGUUGCUGACACAUCAAAGGUUAUGCAAGAGGAGAUAUUUGGUCCU